CAGGGAAAAUUCGGGCGGAGCGAGAAGUGCCUUCGCACGUCCAUGGACAAUUGACUUUCGCGAGGUUGCCCGAAAAGCAAGCCAUGGCUUUGCGCAGUAUGACUUCUGUACGUCGUAAAUGUGCUUCAAAGACACAGCAGACGGCGAGCCGUCAUAAAGAGCCUGUCACCGUUGUCCAUUUCUGUAGCGGCUCGCUCUCACGCCUCUUUCUUCCUGGUCCGGGCGCAACCCCCAGUGGACGCGUUCGGACCAGCCAUGGCACCAUGGCACCGAAGCGGAGGAGGUGGUGGUGGGGUGGGGUUCGUGGGCCUUCCAGGGAGGGAAGGGCGGCUCCCCCAUCUCCGUCAGGGGCGGGCGCGCGCCGACGGGGCGGCUCAUCAAGCUGCUCCGUGAGCGCUACGCCAAGCAUGUGUUCAUCAUCGAUGAAUACAAGACCUCCAAGACCUGCUACAACUGCGGGUGUCAGGAGAUGGCCAUCAAGCGGCUUGGGGGGCUGAAGGAGGGGCAGCGGCCCUGGUCGGUCAAAGUCUGCAACGACUGCUUGACGACCUGGAACCGCGACGUCUCCGCCGCCAACGUGAUCCGUGUGCUCCUCCUGCUGAAGCUGAUGGGCUUCGAGCGGCCGAUCAAGCUGCAGCGGCCGCCAUGGCCGCCGGCGGCGGCGGGGCCGGGCUGAGAGCCUGAACGGCGCUAGCAGGGCGUGGGGCUGAGGGUGCACGUGUCGAUUGGCGGCGAGUGACGUGACUAGUUUGUUAGCUGCGGGUUAGCACGGACUGUGCACCCCACCCAACCGGCCACGUCCGGAUUUGCGGGGAUGCCAAAGGCCCCCAACAUAGAGGCGUGUGCUUAGUAGGCGCCCGCGUCAAGGUGGCCCCGGGAUCAGCCCUUUUCCUGCCAUAAGGCAGCCACCUCCUUGUUGAGAAGUGUGUUGAUCGAGCUGGGAGGGUGAAGCAAGCGCUCAUCUUGCUGAAGACCGGCUUUGGCUACCAGUGGUUUCGCUCGGUGUUGCAGUGGCCAGUCUGCUUCCUUCACGAGCGGCUGGCGUUUGUGCAGCCAGAAAUUCACGGCACAGGCCAGGCGGGAGGCAUGCGCUGGGGAGCACGAGUGCAGAACCCACACGGCAGUGUGAUGGUGUACAUGGGGCCAUCAGUCGAGAAGUUUGCGCGUGUAUUCUCUCGUGUGGGCAGUGUGCCUGGUGCAAAUGCGUGGGCACUGCCCACCAGUCAAUAAAAUAAGUGUUGCGACGAGUGACGCAUUGUCAACGGUACACAGCAGGCGCGCUGAGAGCCUGUCCAACUGCACUGUGCGCGGAUGCUUUUUGUCCAGUGCUGCGCAUGUAGUAUAGGGCCCAUGCAUGAUGGGCUUGAAUUGCAUGCUGCAAACAGCUGCAAUGCGCAUUGUAUAAUAAAAUGCUGUUGCGCAUACAUAAUGUGCAGGGCACUGCAGGGAGUGGUGUCGGGGGCAGGAGUAAUGAGGCUGCGAGAAAUGGUGUGCUUGGGUGUGCGGGUGUGCUGAGACUGGCUGAGAACUGGGUUUGCGGCAUGAGGGAUGUUGCGUUGGACGGGCACAGAGUGCAAAACUGCAAACAGAUGACAUGAGUUGAAAGGGUAUGGUUGUAGGUUGGCAGGUCGCAAGCUUGGGGUGAAUGACAGGAGCCUGCAACAGUCAGCGUUGCCUGUCGAUAGCGGUGUCUUGGACAGCCUGCAAGGACCAAUCCUCACCUGCCCUAUCCCAAUCCUACAGUGUUGACACCAAUCCUCAC